CUCGACGACAACCCAUCAAACCUCCUCAAGGCCUCAUUAACUUGCAGGUCCCGGCCACCAUGUCCGCAGUCUACAACCUCGAGCCGCAGCCCACGGCCUCCUGCAUCCUGCACACGACCUCUGGCGACAUCUCGCUCGAGCUCUGGGCCCAGCAGAUCCCGCUCACCUGUCGAAAUUUCCUGCAGCACUGUCUAGAUGGCUACUACGACAACACCAUCUUCCACCGUCUUGUUCCUGGCUUCAUCCUCCAGGGUGGUGAUCCAACAGGCACCGGCUCGGGAGGAGAGAGUAUCUACGAUGGCGGGCAAUUCGCUGAAGCACGAGAGGAGGGGGGAAUAUGGCCUAUGGAAGACAGGAAGGGUGCGAAUGCUGGCCCGCGGGGCGUAGGCUUUAAAGAUGAGUUUCACAGCCGGAUAAAGUUUAACCGGAGAGGAUUGUUGGGGAUGGCAAAUGAGGGGCCGGAUACGAAUGGAAGCCAGUUUUUCAUAACGUUGGGUGAUACGCCGGAGCUGCAGGGGAAGAAUACCCUUUUUGGACGGGUGGAGGGGGAUACGAUCUAUAAUGUUGCGAAGAUGGGAGAGGCGGAGGUGGGGGAGAAUGAUAGGCCGGUUUAUCCUACCAGAGUUACGAGUGUGGAGGUACUGGUCAAUCCGUUCAAGGAUAUGGUAAAAAGGGUGAGGACGGCGCCGGUCGUGCAGCAGCAGAAGCCUGUGGAUAAGAAGAAGAAGAGGAAGGCGGGCAAACAGUUAUUGAGUUUUGGGGCGGACGAGGGAGAUGGGGAGGAUUUACAGCCCGUGAUCAAGAAGGCGAAGUUUGAUACGAGGAUUGUGAUGGAUACGGAGGAUGCUGCACCGGAACCAAAACCUAAGCAAGCUUCCAAGGAAGCCAAGAAGAAGGUUACAAAACCAAUUUCGGUGGAAUCUUCCCCAGAACCAUCACCUGAACCAGCAAAAUUUUUACCCAAUCGAGCCGCAAAACCUGAUAUCCGAGAUAUUUCCUCUUCGCCAGAACCAGAACCAGUUCAAAAAGUUUCGUCAUUGUUAGAUCGAACAAAUGCACAAAUAGCAGAGCUCAAGGCGUCGAUGAAGAGAAAUGUGCAGACCGCACCUGUUAAUGAAAAGAAGAAAUCAGUGUUGGAAACGAUGAUUCCCAGAACCUCGGUCCGGGGACGGAAACGACAUCCUGGGGAAAGCGCACCACCUGAUCCACGAACUUUGGAUAUCUUGAAUGCGUUUAAGUCAAAGUUGGAUCAGGCACCGCCUGAAAAGGACGUCCCAAAACUCGAACCUAUUCUGGCUGAAGAGAAGAAAGACCAGGCGGAAGACGACGAAGAAGCAGCUUUGUGUGAUCUCCAUUUCAUCGCAAAUUGCCAGUCAUGCCAGAAAUGGGAUGCUCAAGGCGAAGGAGAGAAUGAAGAUGACGACGAUGAUAUUGGUUGGAUGUCUCAUGCGUUGUCAUUCAAGGAAGACAAAUUGGGCAAGGAUUUGAGUUACAGGAAGAAGGCUGAGGACGAAUUGGUCGUCAUUGAUCCUAGGGAGAAAGCUAGGACUUUGAAGGAGGAAAAGAGAGCGCAGAGAGAAGCGAAGGCCGGUGGAAGUGGCAGAGCGUGGGAUCAGGCAAGGAACGAGAAAUUGGCCAGGUCAUCGGCGCUGGCUGGUAGAGGAGCCAAGUGAAGUGCACCGGAGGUCCGGCACGAGUCAUCCGGUGAAAGAGUCACGAUUCAUUGCUUGGAUGUUUGGAUGAUUCAGGUGGAAGACUUCCAACUGGUCGUCAGAAGAAUCACAUCGGGCUGAUGGUUAUUAAAAAGGUGUUGCAGGUUUUCACUGUGGAUUGAAAGACUCGUGGUUUCAUCUGCUAUGAAUGACGGAUGAAAUCCUCUGAUCGGCAGCUGAAUGAAAAUAUUCAGCCUCCUCAACCCUUGUCUCAUAAAAUGAAACCCCAAAUGAAUACUUUCUUCCUCCA